GAGUGAGUGAGAGGGGAGCCUCAGUUUGACGGGUUUCCUCGUGACAAGAAGACGACUUGUUAAAUCUGGAAAAUCAGUAGCAAAUCAGACCUGUGAACAAGAACUCAAUCGCUGUAAAAUAUCGUGUUAUUUAUGUCACAGUGGAAGGUCAAUUAAUUAUGGUCUCAGUGAUGCAACCGUUUAUGGAUGUUGAAAGUUCGAGAAGCUACAUCGAUGAGUUGUACUCGCCGGAUCCUCAGAAGUGUCUUGAGGCAAUAAUUUGCCUGAAGAACUCCGUAAUAGGAAGCAACCGGCAGAAAGGUUCGGUGAUAGCUCAGGGUGUUGUCCCCCGGCUCCUGCAGCUGCUCUCGGACACAUCAGGGUCAGUUGGUGAGCGAAUUCGCCUCGAGUCAGUGGUGACUCUGGGCUCUCUGGCGAAAGGCACCGACCAGCAUGUCCUGGCUCUGAUUGAUCUGGGAGUAGUUCCCCUGAUUCUCCAGGUGCUCCUCUCCACCCCCACCUCCUCAGGCAAUGACAAGCUCUCUGAUCACCUGAUAGAGGCGUGUCUGAGAUGUCUCCGCACAGUCUUCCAGCACUCUAGCGCCCCAGUGCAAACGAUUUAUCAAGAACCAGCGUUGGUUCCCCGCCUUCUGACCUUGGCCAGCAGAUCAAUCACCUGUCAAGUAUGUGUAGCAACGAUACUGACGACGGCCUGCAAGUCAGCCGAUGAGCAGAACUCCCUGAUGAAGGGAGGAGCUGUGGAGACGUUGGCAUCUCAAUUGGAUUCCUCCCUGUCAGACGUCCAGCUCCCUGCUCUCGCCUGUCUCGCCAACAUGUGCUACCAGAAUAGAACGGUAUCGACGAUGGUAGCGAAUGUUACGACAGGCAAGGAACCAGCCCUCAAGCCCCUACCCGCCCUACUAGGUAACCUGAUGGGAAGGGAGAGGAGCUCAGUAGUUCAAUUGGAGGCAGCUCGGUGUAUCUCCUAUAUGCACAGGGCAGGGGCUCUUCCCUCGACGGAUAGAAUCGUGAUAUAUCGAGCUCUACCAUGUUUGGUGAGACUCUGCCACCGAGACAGGCCUCCCAGGGAGAGAAUAGCAGCUGCCGAGACACUAGCCUAUCUUACUGAAGUGGAUAUAGAACUCCAGAGGCUGGCCUCUAUCAGCAAUCAUCUUAUUCCCACUCUGGCAGAAUUACUCAGGCCUAAUCCUCAGGUCCAAGAUGCUGCCCUUGCUCAGGACAUGCGUCAGGCUGCCUUCCGAGCUUUUGCUUCACUUGGGGCCAAUGACGAGGACAUUAGGAAGAAGAUCAUUGAGACUCAGAAUCUCAUGGAGCUCGUUGUCAGUGGACUUCAGGACCCCGGGGGACCAAGGGUCAGACUUGCUGCUGUCAGAUGUCUUCAUUCCUUAUCAAGGAGUGUUCAGCAACUCAGAACCACCUUUCAGGAUCAUGCUGUUUGGAGGCCACUCAUGCAGCUUCUUCAUGGAGCUGAUAAGGGACUCGAAGGGAGGGAUGGCGAGGAGGAUCUGUUGACUGUUGCCUCCAGUACUUUGUGCAAUUUACUUUUAGAGUUUAGUCCCAGUAAGGAGCCCAUUCUCGAGUCUGGGGGCGUUGAACUUUUAUGCUCGUUAACUAAACGUCCUGAUCCUGCAUUGAGGCUCAAUGGAAUAUGGGCACUUAUGAAUGUCGCCUUUCAGGCAGAGCAGAGGGUCAAGUCCCAGAUUCUUUCUUGUCUUGGGACUGAUCAGAUCUUUCGGCUACUUGCUGAUCCGGAGUUAGGAGUUGUUAUGAAGGUCUUGGGGUUACUUAGAAAUCUGCUGAGUACUAAGGCUCAUAUUGAUCGAAUUAUGGAUGAACAUGCAGCGCAGGUCAUGCAGGCCGUUAUUCUUGUGCUGGAGGAUGAUCAUCCUGCUGAUGUCAAGGAGCAGGCUCUCUGUAUUCUAGCUAAUGUCGCCGAUGGCGACAGGGCGAGGGAUCAUAUCAUGGCGAAUGAAGAUGUUCUCAAGAAACUUAUGGAUUAUAUGAUGCACACCAAUGUUAAACUAAACAUUGCCGCUAUCUUCUGUGUUUGUAAUUUGGUGUGGAGAGAGGAACCUGGUGCUGAGCAACGUCAAGCGCGUCUACGAGAAUUGGGGUUUUAUAGAAUUCUUCAGCAGUUGCGGUUGAACAAAGAUUCACAGCUCUUCGAUAGGGUGAAGACUGCACUGGCCCAGUUUCUCGACCCGUAAACCCCUGGAUUACGAAACGCCCAUUACUUUUUUCUGCUUCCAUCAUAAUCUACUGACUCUCAACCACAAAGUAAAACUCUGUGAUUCCCUAAGUAGAGAACGUCGCAGUAUCUUCAUAGAAAAAGAGAAAACGAAAUUACUCACGUUGAAAGAAAAAACGACAAUGAGUUCCCUGAACUGAGCUUCUCAGACGCCCCUAGUCCCCUCACCCCCAUUAUUUAUUUAAAUAAUGAGCUGUUGACCGACGCAAAGCAGCCAAAUAAGUGAUUUUGUGAAUGAUUUUCAAUCCGUACUGUACAAAUUCUUUUUUUAUCAGUAACAUUGCACCGUCUCGAGAUAUUAUAUUAUUUGUUUUCAAUUUUAUUAUAAUUUUGUGUAUAGUAAAUUUCACCAUUCGAUACUUAACUGACAACAAA